AUGAAGCUAAUGGAAAAUUUCCCGUCUCUACGAAGCUUUGACGAGUUUAUCGGCAACAAAGCGACGUUCAAAUUGCCGACUACGGAAAACAUCAACAUCAGAAUGAAGAAAAACCUACUCUACUAUCAAACCAACUAUUUCGUCAUCAUGUUCUGUCUUUCUGUCCUCUAUCUGUGCACGCAUAUCUUCGAAACAGCCUCGGGAUUACUCUGUCUUAUUUUAUGUGUUUCCUGCUACCAUAUAAGCAUGAGUAAAAUGAGAACUACACGUGAAGAGUCGCAGCUUACGAGAUUGUACGACCAGUUGUCGGAGACGAUCGCGGGCGAUGACGGGCAAAAGAGGAAUAUAGUUAACUUGGUGGCUGGGGCUGUGACCUGUUUGGUCCUGUUUUCAUAUGGAAAGAACAUGCUGUUGUCAGUUUUCAUUAUUCUGCUAUCUUCUCUCAUUUGCUUGAUUCACGCAGCCUGUCGGAAAAUAGACUUCACGAUUCAGUUCAGUGCAAUGCGUGCCCAGAUAACGAGGUCGCCCAUGUACCAACUGAUAUCGGCUCUGGACUCCCAAGUAGAAUCUUACUUUGCAUCUCCCAGAUAG